AUGGAACUCGGUUGCAUGAAUCAUAUCGUCCUGUGGGGUGGCCACUACCAUCGCCAAGUUCCAUACUCAGAAGGCUUCAAUCUCAAAGUGGUACUUAGUCUUCUGCUGAACCACAUGGAACUCCCAGAUACUCUCGCUAUAAGGGCACCUCCAGUGCAUGUAACCGAGCACGAUGAAAGUUUCCUUGCAAGUUGUAUAUACAAGGGAAAGCAAGUUAGAGAUAUCUGGGAAUCCCUCGGACUGUUUAGUUUGGUUAAUGAUGUGCGAAAGGAGCCCAGUUUCGCUAUAGAGGAGGCGAAUGAGUUGUACAAGAAGAUCAAGCGUAUAGCCAGAGACUUUAGCCAGUCUUACCCCGAUGGCAUAGAGCAACUGCAACAUGACCUAAUUAACAAACCGGCCUUUGAGAAGGCUGUGCUAGAUCUGGGCGGGCAAUAUGGAGCAGCGAUCUGGGGCCGACCCGAAGAUAGUCAAGGUACUGUCUCCAGAAGGCAGGAUGCAGGAAUUGAGUUGAAGUGGGAAGAAGAGCGCGAUAGAGAGAAAAUCAUGUUCUACAUACGUUGCUGGAUCACUCGACUUGCCGUGAAGGAGUUCAGCAAAUUCCCACGCAGACCGCAGAAAAAGAGCACAACACAGUCCGUGGAGGCUUUGGAUCGCGAACAAAAUUCGUCCGGCAAUUCGGGCUUGUUAAGGCUUUCCUUGGCCCCAGUUGCACACAUGCUGCCACGUACUCACAUGACAAGUCAACUGCCAGGGGAGUCCUCGAAGGAAAGUGCAGCCACACACGAUAGUUUGCGUACAAAUUCAGAUACAAACACGAGUACCACCGCACCGGAAAAUACGCCCACGAAGAGUGCUGAUUCAACAACGCCGAGUAAGAGAAAAGCGAUGGAGGUUGACAAGGCAAUAUCUAAUGGGAAACUACCCAAGGCCCGAAAGAUGGCAAGGCCCACCCAGGUGUCGUCAUUUAGGCAGGAAAGACAGCUCUAUUCGAUUUCCAAAUCACCGACCGUGAUAGCGAAUCGUAUAGCCGAAGCAUUUGCGCGGCAAAGAAUCAGGGAAAAUAGCUGUAAUACGGAUAGGACAUGGAGACCUCGCGACGAGACUGCUGAAAUAGAGACGGUCGCUGAUGCAAAUGAGGUGCCGGAGACUGAACCAGAUUCAACGUCACUGGACAGUGCCAUCAGUACAGAACACAACCAGCCUUUGGACAGAUACGAACAGGAUGAGGUUAUUGCGGGAUCAACUGGUAUCCAUCAAGACCCGUUUCGCCAGGAUUCAGUCAUCCCCGGAGAUACACAAGCCGAGACUUUGCGAGCGGCUUCUGAGCCUCUCGACGACGGUCAUACAACAAAUCAUGCUAACACAAAUAAAUUCAUCGAUGAUGAUGAUCAACUUCCAUAUCGGUUGCCAAAAAGGGCAAGAUUGGAGACUACACAGGAGAGGGAACACCGCACAGAACUUUUCAAACUCUUACUGUCGUAUCUGAACGGCAUCAACCAAUUCCAUCCAGACACAUACAGCAUGGAAGCUGAAGAGCGUAUGAACAUGCUACUCCAUCAAUUCCACAUCAAUGACACCGAAAGACUACAGGCCAAACUGGGGGAUGACUUUGCCAGACUCCAAAUUGCAUUUGAGAGCUGGAUGAGCAUGCGCCAUCGGUUGACUGGAUUUCGCGUCGCAACGGGAUAUCGCGGACAGCCAGGCGAGCAGUGGGCGGAGUUUCUCAAGCAGAAGCCCAAUGUGCCGUGCGCAUAUGCGAGUCUCAGCUACGUCGGGCUACAGGAGGCUGCACUGAAAGGCGAGGAAAGUUAUGUUGUGGACACUUUUGAUGAGGAUCUUGCAAAGAUUACGAAGGAGAAGGCUUAUGAGAUGGUAUUCUGCGUCUUCUUGUUGAGCUUCUACCGGUAUAUGGUCUGCUGUGAAGAUGGUUUUGACGCGACUUCAUAUGGACUGGUUGUUGAUUCUUUCGUCUCAUCGUCGGUCGAGCGGCUGAUUAACGAUUUCAGACUGACUAAUUUUGAGUAUGCGAUCCAGGACGGUGUCAUGGACUCGGCGUUGAUGUUCGGUUGA